AAGUGACACUUUUGUGAAGACCUUUGAGACUAAUUUAUUCUCUCUUUUUCUUGUCUUUUUGUGUCUGCCCAAGAAACAGGUUUUGUAUUGCAUUUCUUUCAUCUUUUUUCGAAACUCUGUUCAAGUAACAACACUUUGUUUUGUUUCUGGUUUCAAUUGAAAAUGGCUGAAUUAUUUUAAACAUGUAUAGUUUUUUUCUGUAUGCUGUAUUAACAGAAUGGACAAAGCUGCUGUGCUGACUCACAUCCUGAGGUCAAAGGUCAGAUCUACAUGUCUUGGAGGGGACUCACCUGUCAGUGUGAUCAGCAGUAAAAAGUAUAUUCCAGCUCUCACCGCUGAAGCUCAGGACCAUGAGAGUAUGUCUUCUGUGGAUCACGCCAUCCGUGGCGCUCUGUCUGAUGGGACCAGGCUCGUUGUACUCGUAGGUCCAGAGGGAUCAGGUAAAACCACUGCUCUGCAGAAGCUCCUGGUGGACUGGGCUAAAGGGGAGCACCUGCACAACUUCUCAUUUGUUUUCCACUUCCAGUUCAAGGAAAUGGAUUCUCUCGAAGGUCAACUCUCUUUGGAAACUUUAAUCCAAUACAGUCGCCAUCAGGUUCACUCUGUGCUCCGGGUCGUGGAGAGGCCCGAUGAUGCGCUCUUCGUGUUCGAUGGUCUGGAUGAGUACAGUCACAGCUUGGACCCUGCAGGUCGUGCCCUCUGCUCAGACGCAAGCCAGGCUGCGUCGGCGCCCCUUUUACUGGUCAGCCUGCUCCACGGGUCCCUGCUGAAAGGAGCCGCCUUUCUUGUGGCGACCAGGCCGACGGGAAACCUGAAGUUUCUCAGUGGGGCUCGUGUGGAGGCGUUGGGGUUUCUGAAGCCUCAGAGGGAGGCCUUCUUUAACAGCUUCUUCGCUGACUCCUCUGUAGCCAGCAGAGCUCUUCUGCACAUGGAAAGGACUCUGGGGUUUUAUGAUUUCUGCACGUCUCCUAGAUUUUGUUGGACAGUCUGUUUUGUGUACAGGUCCCUGAUUGACUCAAACGCAAAGCUUCCUGAGACCCUGUCCCAGCUGUUUGUAGAGAUUCUGUCCCACCUGAUUCAGAGCACCUCACUGACUCAGGACUGGAAUAGAAAGUUGGUGUUGGCGCUUGGCAGGAUGGCCUCUUACUGCUUUCUCGACAAACAUUCAAGAUGUACCAAAGAGCAAAUAAACUCCUUUGGUUUUCAACAAUUUCUUACCGCUUUUGCUCCUUUCUUGCGAGUAGAAGCUGAGCUGGAGACCGUUUCCUUCCGUUCCCAGCUGAUGCAGGAGUUUGUCUUGGCCCUAGCUUUCUUUCUAGAUGGGUCCGAAUACGAAGAUGUGGAGAAGGUGCUGGAUAAACACAAAGGCGCUGCAAAGUUCCUCGAUCUCUUUUUGUCCGGUCUCUCGGAGCCCGAGCAGCACAGGCCGUUGGAGACCCUGGUGGGGGAGUUGGAUCCGGACCAGAUGAAGGGUUUCAGAAGCUGGUUGAAAAGCGGCUCAGAGGAAACGCUGAAGGGUUACGACAAAAACAAACACUACAGAUGUUUCCGUCUGCUGCAUCAGGUGCAAAACGCCAGUCUGGUGAAGGAGAUCGUCCCUCCCCUGGCACACGCAUGCAUUUAUCACAGGAACCCGGGUCUCCAGGACUGCGUGGCUCUGAGUUAUGUCAUCGUGUGUCUUGGUGAAAGGGACCGGUUGAGUGUGAGCGGUGCAACGGUAAUCAAAGAGAUGAUGGAAGUCUUGGCUCCAGCUUUGAGUCUGUCUCACGUGGUCGAAUUGUCAGACAACUCCUUCCAAACAGAAGCUGUUCCUCGUCUGGCUUCAGCUGUCAGCUCGGGAGUCACCAGGGAGCUGAAUCUCACUCGUUCACACCUCGGGGAUGAAAAGCUGAAACGUCUCUGUGCCGGACUUAAAGACAGCAAGCUGCACAGAUUAAAUCUUGGCAGCUGCAGACUGACGGCGGCCUGCUGCGAUGACCUGCUCUCUCUGCUGACCUCAGAAAUCUCUCAGCUCCAAGCUUUAGAAAUCACCUUUAAUCAGAUCGGGGAUCGGGGCUUCAAAAAACUGUGCAAAGCCAUGCACAGUCCUCUCUGCAGACUGCAGGAGCUCCAGAUGCAAACGUGCGACUUGACUGCAGCAUCCAUGGAGGAUUUUGCAGCAGCUUUGUGUUCGGGGCAUUCGCAGCUGAGAAAAAUAAACUUGACACACAACACAGUUGGUGACAGUGGAGUGAAAGCUUUGUGCAACGCCCUGAAACACCCAUUUUGUAAACUUCAAAGUCUCACAUUGUAUGACUGUGGCUUAACGGGUGCCUGCUGCUCCCAUUUGAAGGAGGCCUUAAUGUCGGAGCACUUCUCUUUGUUGGAGCUCGAUCUGUCACUGAAUGAUUUGGGGCAGGAGGGGGCGCUGAUGCUUUGCCAAGGCCUGAGUCGACCCGGCUGUCCCAUACGAAGUCUCAGCUUGACACGAUGCGAGUUGACCCAGACCGUCUUCAAGGAGCUGGGCUCAUUGCUGAGAAGUGGGUCGUGUCAGAUGAUGUUUCUGCUCGUAGGCCUCAAUAAAGUUGGAGAUGAAGGCGUCAGACCUCUCUGGGAUGCCGUCUCACAUCCCAGCUGCUCGUUGGAGGAGCUGAAUGUGGAGAUGACCCGUUUGACCGACGCCUGUGUCGAGGACUUGUGUGCUGCUGUCAGAGGCAGCAGAACUCUGAAGCGCCUGGAGCUGAGGAACAACUCUCUGACCGAUGCCGCCGUCCCGGCAGUGAUUCAGGCGAUGAGGGACAACCCCAACAUGGAGGAGCUGAAGUAAGACAAGACUUCAUUAGUCCCACAAUCUGAAAUACAACGACUUCAGCGAGGACGUCUUUGAAAUGCUGGAGGAGUGUGAUAACAUACGAUACUGAUGAUAAAUAAACUCGCCUUGCAAAAACCAGCAAAAAACUGUAGAGGAGUAGCAAAAACAGCACAAAUCCAGUCUCUUUUUGUCAGGGUGCAGCAACUUUCCCACACCAUCAGUUAGUUUGUAACCAUGCAGAUCAAAACCCAAAUGAUCCUGUAAGAAAAAACACCCAGAAGUUUCCUUUCAGGUCCAAGCUGUUUUUAACAACAUGAGAAGUGUUUUCCAAGUGGUCCGGAUGUAGCAUCUAACUAUAAUCGGAUAUUUAUGCACACCAAUGCUCUUUCUAGAUUUUGAAGUCAAUUUCGGUCUAUGGUUCCUGAACAAAAUAUUAAGUUUAAUUGAGAAACUGGGAAUGUGAAUGCCAAAUAAAUCCCCAAGAAAUACA